AAUCACUGGCAGAGAGGACUCCGUCUGGCGUACACGCGAAAAAUAGACUCCUAACUGAGUUCAGUCUUAUCCAGUACUGCAUGAAGCGCGUCCGACGCUCGUAAAGGAAAAUAAAGCAUAGGCUAAGUGCAUGAUGCCGAUGUAUGAGAGGCCACCGUUUUGGCGGAUGCCGCUCACCCGGUCCGACCCUGAACAGGAGAGAAGAGAACACAGGAGAUCUCACCAUCACGUGACUCCAGGCGCGCCGGCGGGUCAGAGCCUGCUGCGCGGCGACAUCAUAGCCAAGAUCGACGACUACGACGCGCGCGACCUGCGACACGAGGACGCGCAGAACCUGUUCCGGAACGCGCCCAAACAAAUCAAACUGGUGGUCCAGAGGGGCGGAUCUAGUCCUCACCUGUACACGCUGCCCAGCUCGCCCGGCAGUUUUGUGGGCCGAGUGCCCACUCCCACCUUCUAUCACGAGCUCGCCGAGGAUGCCGACGAUGAGUUGCCCCGAGGGACGCCCAUCGCCCCGCGGUCACCUGUCCCGACAUCAUAUCCGCCACCGUACAGGCAACCCAGUCCAAACCCGGCGGUGCUAAAGGGUCCGGACUCACUUCCCCGCAGCACGCCGCGGCUGCAGAGCACUCAGUCCGACUACCAGUUCCCCAUGCAACAGGAGGGAGAGUACAGGAGCUUCCUGCUGUCCCCCUCCUCCGUGCGGACGGACGACACUGUUGAUGAGUCUAUCAAUAGCCAGCCGUACCGUACAACACCCCUGGUGCUGCCCGGCGCGAAGGUCCGCCGCGAGCCCGGACCCACAGAGAGCUACCUGCGCCACCACCCCAACCCCGCCAUGCGCGCACCACCGCACCACGACUACAGGGACACGCUGAUGAGGCAAAAGGUGGCCGAGUCGGUGUUGCAGCGAGUCGGCGAAGACCCUAAUAAGGUGGUCCACAAGCAAUUUAACUCGCCGAUCAACCUAUACUCCGAACAGAACAUUGCCAACUCAAUAAGGCAACAGACUUCUCCUCUUCCCUCUAACGGCUAUUACGGGCGACCGAACGUGGUCAGGAGACACAAGCCGACGCUAGUGUACGACCCGGCCAAGUCGGAGACGUACCGCGCGCUGCAGGAAGACAAUCUCGGAGACGUAGUGCAGGAGGGUACGCCGGUACAGACCAAGGUCUUCACCGCGCCCACUACUAAGAAGCAGGCGCCGACUCCACGACCAAAGAAACCGGAAGUUCAACAACAACAGAAACCAAAACAGACUACCUUCGUGAAUUCCUUACAGGAGGAGCACAUUCAGCAGUCGAACUCGUUCAAGCGGCUCAUGUACCACGUGCUCGGCGAGACGGAGUUCUAACGGGACGUCACACGUCACGUCAUCGUGACGCCACACGCUUUGACGUCACAAGCGAUGACUUCUGCCGAUACUUCUCGAUUAAAAAAAAUAUCGACUGAUACAAUAAGCGGACAGCGGCCACUCGGGCGGUCCCUAUCGAUAAAGACUAACAUAGGAUGCACUUGUAUAGCUCCUGCGGUGUUUCGGUGAUCUAAUACUCGAGUAUUAGUAUAUAAGUAGCGAACUCUAAGUGAUUAUUUGUUGUUGACAAUGUACAGAGAUUUUUGUUUAAAUAUUUAUGAAUAUGUUGAGUGUAAUGUCUAGUCACUGCGACCCGAGCUCCGGUCGAUCAUUUCGAAAAUUAUUUAAAUAAAAUAUUUAUUUUUAACA